AAUUCAACUUCAAGAAAAGUCACGUUUAGAAUGCUAAACCCAAAAUAAAAAAUCCCUUCUGGAAGAAAGAACUUGAACCAUGAAUACCAUUAGGUAAGAUAAUACAUCACAAAUUCAAUUCAAAAUCCCUAGCUUAUCAAACCCGGCGUUGAUUAUCUUGUAUCAUAUUAUACUCUACAAAUUAACCCUAAAAUUCAAUAAUCAAGCUGAUUUUCCCCCAAUUUUGUUCUUCAAUCUCAAUACCCAACAACAAUUUCAUCAUCAAAAUUCAAAACAUCAAUCAAUCAAGCAUAAUAUAGAAAUAUAUUUCAUCAAUUUCAACAAAAAAAUGCCAUAAUGAUCAACAAUUCAAUUCGAUCCAUUAAAUAUUACCUUUCAGAACACCCAAUUGUAGUAAACUUUCAAUGGAGUCCAAUUCAUACAUGGUUCUCAACCUGGUCUUUCCUCCUCCUUACUGUGAGUUCCUACAUCAUUCUGUCGCUUUUCCUCCACCAUUCUUUGAAUCUUCUCCUCCGCGAUCGCCGCCGCUUUCGAUUCCCAUUGGGCCCCAUCCCAUCACUCCAUAACCUUCUUUUAUCCCUCAUCUCCGCCGCAAUUUUCGCCGGAACACUUCUAUCCGCUAUUUCCGAGAUCCGAGAUAAUACCCGAUGGCUAUGGAGAUCAACCCAUCUUCGUACUACCCCAGCAAAAUGGCUCCUCUGUUUCCCACCCGGAACGCGACCAACUGGUCGGGUUUUCUUCUGGUCUUACAUUUUUUACCUUUCUAGACUCUUCCUUCAUCUUCCUCGAACUUUCUUCAAAAUCCUAAAACGACGUCGUAUCACCUUCUUCCAUCUACUAAACCAAUCAUCUCUUCUAGUAAUGGCAUUUCUUUGGCUAGAAUUUUCUCAGUCAUUCCAAGUGCUGGCAAUCAUGCUAUUGACAUUGUUAUACAGCAUUGUUUAUGGGUACAGAUUCUGGGUUGAAAUCGGAUUACCCAGACCCGAAUUCCCAUUUGUAGUGAAUUGUCAAGUAGUGAUGUUGGUUUGUAAUUUGGGGAUCCAUUUUGGAGUAUUAUUGCUCCAUUUUUUUAGUGGGAAUAAAGGUGGGUGCAAUGGGAUUGGAGCUUGGAUCUUUAAUUCUCUUUGUAAUGCAAUUAUUCUUCUUUUGUUUUUCAAGGAUUUCAAAAAAAGGUUUUCCACAACUUUGUUGGAUGAUGAUGCUUCUACUCAUACCUCAAGAUUUCUCAAACAAGACUAGUCAAACAAGACGUAUCGUACUCCCUCCGUUCUUUAGAUUUUGAUUCGUCAAGUUUAAAAAAAUACCCGAGCAUGUCCAAUAACACAUGGAGGGAGCGAGCUCGAGAGUAUAGCAAGAAAAACUAUAUUGUUUAUGGUUUUUUCUCUUUCAAGAUGUAUAUGAUAUUAGGCUUCUUGUAUAGUUGUAGUCGAUCCUAUUUUAAAUAAGGGUUUAGGUGUAUGUUCUUGUGGAUCUAGCAAUGAUGUGCUAAGAGUAGGACUACUCUUAUAGUAAUAAUAAAUAUAAAUUUUAAUA